GACAGUGGAUACCGACUUAUAAGCAAGUGUACUCCAAACGCUGUCCCCUAACAUUCUGCAUCCUACUAUCAUGACCACCGCACUCGAUCAGCUUAAGCAAACUGGCACCGUCGUCGUCUCUGACUCUGGCGACUUUGAAUCGAUCGAUGUCUACAAGCCUCAGGAUGCGACCACCAACCCAUCGCUCAUCCUCCAGGCUGCUGGCAAGCAGGGAUACCAGCGAUUGAUCAACGCUGCUGUCGAGUACGCCAAGAGCAAGCCGGGUAGCAUUGACGAGAAAGCGAGCGCUGCUACCGACCGACUUCUCGUUGAGUUUGGAAAGGAGAUCCUCAAGAUUAUACCUGGUCGUGUUUCGACCGAGGUUGAUGCCCGUCUCUCCUUCGACAAAGAGGCAACCAAGGCCAAGGCCAAGGAGUUGAUCGCCCUCUACGAGUCUGUCGGUAUCAAGAAGGAGCGUAUCCUCAUCAAGAUUGCCUCAACGUGGGAGGGAAUCCAGGCUGCUCGCGAGCUGGAGCGAGAUGAUGGCAUUCACUGCAACCUCACACUGCUGUUCGGCUUUGCUCAGGCUGUAGCUUGUGCUGAGGCCGGCGUUACUUUGAUCUCGCCAUUUGUUGGUCGUAUUCUCGACUGGCACAAGAAGAACAAGCCCGGACCCAGCUACGAGGGUGACGAGGACCCUGGUGUGCAGUCCGUGAAGAAAAUUUUCAAUUACUACAAGCAACACGGCUAUAACACCAUUGUUAUGGGUGCUUCCUUCCGUAAUACCGGAGAAAUCAAAGCCUUGGCUGGUGUUGACUUUUUGACCAUUUCGCCUGCUCUCCUCGAGCAGCUCAAGAACGAUCCUUCCCCGGUUCCCAAGAAACUGGACGCUAGCGCCGGUGAGUACCACAUUACAUCGAUUCGCAAGCCACGCUCACACUCCACCUUCCAGCUGCCCAAGGCCAACCCAUUCCCAAGGUCAGCUACAUCAACGACGAGGCCGAGUUCCGCUGGCAGCUGCUCGAAGACCAGAUGGCCUUCGACAAACUCCACGAGGGUAUCCGCAAGUUCGCCGAGGACGGCACGACCCUCAAGAACCUUCUCCGCGAGAAGAUUCAGGCUUAAGCUUUGGUUUCUCUAUAGACCGAUACCUUCUGUGUGACGAAGAAAGAAAAAAGCAGCUGUAAACUUCUGUAACAUCUACGUGGAUUGUCAUAGCUCAAUAGACUUUUCUCGCGUGCUCGCGAAGCUGAAGCUGCUGUGUUUCCUCUGAAUGCUUUAUAGGCUCGCUCGGAAGCGCGUGCAAACCUGCCCUAAAACCCGAUCGCGUCGGGUGCGGCUGUACUCCCCUAUUCAAACGUCCCGCCCGACGCUUGAAUUGAAGUAUAUUGUAUCCUGCCUGUAUCCCUUUGACUUAUUCCUGAUAUUGUUGUUACGAAUACGUUGCUCCAUUUUUAUUUCCAGUAUGUCAAAUCUUAAGCAGCUGGGGAACCAAGCGUUUCUCAAUGG